GCGCGUGCGCUUGCGCGUGCGCGGGGCUGGAGACCAAGUUCGCUGAGAUUGGCGAUGGCGGCGGCCGGGGAAACUUCACCGCAGCCGGCGGCUUCGGAACAGCCGGCGGAGCUGCCUGCCUCCGUGCGGGCGAGCAUCGAGCGGAAGCGGCAGCGGGCGCUGAUGCUGCGCCAGGCCCGGUUGGCGGCCCGGCCCUACCCGGCGACGGCGGUUGCGGCUACCGGAGGCAUGACUAACAUAAAAGCUGCCCCAAAGAUAAUUGAUACACAUGGAGGCUUCAUUCUGGAAGAGGAAGGAGAAGAAGAACAUACAGUUGGAAAAGUUGUUCAUGAGCCAGGACCUGUUAUGGAAUUUGAUUAUGCAAUAUGUGAAGAAUGUAGUAGAGAAUUUAUGGAUUCUUAUCUUAUGAAUCACUUUGAUUUGCCAACUUGUGAUAACUGCAGAGAUGCUGAUGAUAAACACAAACUUAUAACUAAAACAGAAGCAAAACAAGAAUACCUUCUGAAAGACUGUGAUUUAGAAAAAAGAGAACCACCUCUUAAAUUUAUUGUGAAGAAGAAUCCUCGUCAUUCACAAUGGGGUGAUAUGAAACUCUACUUAAAAUUACAGAUUGUGAAGAGGGCUCUUGAAGUUUGGGGUAGUCAGGAAGCAUUAGAAGAAGCGAAGGAAGUUCGACAGAAAAACCGAGAGAAAAUGAAACAGAAGAAGUUUGAUAAAAAAGUAAAAGAAUUACGGCGAGCAGUAAGAAGCAGUGUAUGGAAAAGGGAAGUGGUUGCUCACCAACAUGAGUAUGGACCAGAAGAAAACCUAGAAGAUGACAUGUACCGGAAGAUUUGUACUGUAUGUGGCCAUGAAUUGACGUAUGAGAAAAUGUGAUUUUUAGUUAAAUGAUCUGUUUUACAGAGUUUUAGGUUUAGAUAUAAGAAAUUUACAUUGGUCUUAUUCAAAAUUCACAAAAAUGUCUUUAUAGGUGAAACAGUUGUAUAAAUAAUGCUUCAGUACUAAGUAUGUAUGGUAUGGCUUAAGAGCAAGUGGUCUGAUAAUUUUUUCUGGAACAGGGAUGGGAGCUGAGUGGUACAGUAGGUUUAAAAGUGUUAGAUGAUAGCUAAAGUUCAGAAAUAUGAAACCAAGGCAAACUUUCGAUUGGGGUAGGAGGAUGAGUUUUAGUAAAGGCAAAAGCUGGCUGCACUGGGUUCUUACUCCAAGAAACAGGAAUAGUGGUAAACCCUGCCAAGUCAGCAAAAAAGGAACUACUACUAGGACAAGUCCUGGUUAAUAACAGGAAUAAAGAAUGAAUUGUAGGGGUCUGAUCAUGUUUUCUGUAUUUGUAGGGUUUAGUAUAGGCCCUAAUAUUAGUUGCUACAUAGCCCUGUUCAAAUCUGGAUUAAAAUGGAAAAACAACCAGGAAGGUAAUUAUAGUAAGUUUGUCAUUACUUGCUAACAUUUACUGAGCACUUACCAUGUGCCAGAAAACCAUUAUGCUAAGUGCCUUACAGAUAUUCUAAUUAAAUCCUGGGAGGGAAGACAGCUUGCUUCUUUGCUUAUUUAGCACUUGGAAAGGAAAUGAUAACCAAAAACCUGACCAAGAAAGGCAAAAGUCAAAACAAGUCAAACCCAAAGAGGCUUGACUAUAAUUACUAAUUACUCUCUUCAUAAGUAUUCAAUACAGAAAUGUUAAAUAUA